AAGCUACGCUUUUUUGUGUAAAAUGAAUUAUAUUCCAAAUACCCACGUAAAGAACAAAAAAUCCUCAAAAUUGGGAAUAACAGUUAAAAUAGUUCCCCCCUUUCACCAAAAUUCACCAAUUAACUUCAAAUUUCAUACAAAAAAAAUAUUAAAGAAUAACGGAUAUGAAACGCAGCUCGAAAAGUAGUCAAUAAAUUGUUAAAGUUCCGUAUGGAGAGAAGCACAAUGAAGCGGAAACAGAGACGUUACAGAACUACAUUCAACUCCUUGCAGUUGCAAGAACUGGAGCGUGCUUUCCAGCGAACACAUUAUCCGGAUGUUUUCUUUCGGGAAGAGCUAGCUGUGCGCAUCGAUUUGACGGAGGCGCGAGUCCAAGUUUGGUUUCAGAAUAGGCGAGCAAAAUGGCGCAAACAGGAGAAAGUAGACAUAAGCGCAGCGACUGGAAAUCCACAAGACACCGAAGAUGGUUUAGGUGCUCAGACUGCGUAUGCGAAUGAAAAUGUGAUCGCACAGUUGGAUAAUCCUUUAGGCACGACGCUGCUACCAGAUACACCGCCCCAGUCUGCCAAUUCGCUGGAUAAUGAAUCCAAAGUGCCAUAUAAUAGUAGCUGCAUGUCGCCGUCUCGACUAUCACCAAAUAUAUUUCUUAAUCUCAAUAUUGAUCAAUUGGAGCGUGGAGGUGGAGUCUCCAUGGAGUGGUCUACUUAUCCACCAACGAGUACAAUGGCCACAAUGUCGCACACGCUCACGCAAUCCAACACACCACCUCCACUGAUUGCUGCAAAUGGCAACAACAACCAUAAUAACAACACCGAUAUGGGAGAUCCCCAAACCAGCCACCACAAUCACAAUUCCAGCCGUACUAAUCAUGUGAGCAUGCUCAGCAGUAGCCUUAAUGCGUCUCUGGAUUUGGAUGCAACCACAAAUUCUACUUAUGACGAAAUGAAAUUCCUUAAUGUCGAUCAGUUCACGAUUGACAACUUUAAGGCCGAAUGUAUCCUUAGUUUGGAUCAUGCGCUCGCAUUGGAGGAUAAGCCGACAUUAGAUCACCUUGGACAUGGUAUUUCAUUCGAUAGUGGGCAAACGGUGGAUAGUUGUGGUGUAAUCAUACAUCAUUCAUUGGAUCAACUACAUCAGCAACAGCAAUUGCAACAUCAACAAAACGAUGAUCAAGCGCAAUUACUGCAUCAGAGCCAUCAGGAUGUGCACCAUCACAAUCAGCUGCAUCAACUGCAUCAGCAUCACAAUCUGCUGCAACAUCCGUCUUUAUCACAUCUAAUGCAUACUUCCAGUCAAUUGCAUAUACCUCAGCACGCGAAUGCAAUGAGUCUAGAUUUGCCUUCGUUUAGUUUAUCCGGCGAGAGCGAUCCCACCAAGUCGCCGCCGUCGUUAUUGUCCUUGGACAAACCGCUGUCGCUAAACAUCAGUGUCGAUGGCAUUGGUGACCUGGUCGAUGAUAAGUUUUAAAUUAUGAGGUAGAAAUUCAUAUCGUACUAAUUUAAUUUUCUUAGCUACCUUAAGGCUAAAUUAAUUCUAAAAUAUGAUUUAUGUAAAAUUCGAAAGAUUUUGUAUAGGACGAGAACUAGUCAUGAUUGGAAAGGUGUUCACAUUCGCGGGCACAAUUUUGUUUCGUGCGAAACACAUGUGCUUAUCCUUUGUUAUAGAGAGGCGUCGCACUCAGUAAUACCUUGAAUAUUUGAUGCUAUUGAAGAUUUUUAAAGUAAAUGACAUCUUUUUCGAAGCAGUUCGGGAGAGGCUUAUGGAUGAUUGAUAUGCCUUUUGAGGGCGAGACACAUCCAUUUUUGUUAAAAAGCUGCCAUGAAAACAACUAGUGGAUAAUACUGUAAUUCCUGUAAGUCCUUUAAUUCGGAAGGUGCACAUCAAAACUGGGAAGAUGAACUUUGCCUGUUGUACUUAACAAGGGUUUUAGGCGCUACUUACCAUAUAUGUACAUAUUUCAGAUCGAUUAGAAUCAUUGUGAAAUGCCUGAAGUAAAAACAGGCCAAAACAAAUGCUAAGAGCGCACCCGGACCUCUAAUAUUUAUUUUUAUAACUAUAAAUUCACAUAUAUUCUCUUAUUUUGCUUAACUGGUGCCGGUAUAUAAAUAGUUUUAUAUUUUCCGGAGAAUAUUUCUUUCGAACACUCGAAUAACAGCCACACCCGGGCAAGUUUUUUUGUAAGCAUUCCAAGUAUAUACAAAA